AUGGGCCCCUCACUCACCCUCUCCGACAACAUCGACCGGCUCAACAACCUUGCCCGUUCCAUCCGAUCCUCCGCCGCGUUCACAUCUCCACAACCCUCCUCAACCGGCAAUCUCUUCACCAACGCAGUCCUCCACACCCCCCUCGGCGAUCUCAUCCGCGAUGCAGACCCCUCGGAACUCGGUCUCUUCACCGUCGUCGCGCCUUCGUCUGUCACCACGACUACCGUGGCCGCAAAUACGACGGCGACGGGCGGUGGUGGUGCGGGAGACGCGGAUGGCGGUGGACAGACGCAGACGGUCGUGAUGCAGCCCGAGUUGACGAGGAUAGAUGUUGUUAGUGCGACGCCGUUGAGGAAGCAGCCUGCGAGCAGGAGGGACGAUGUCAAGCGGCCUAAGGAGUUUGAGCCGGAGGUCUAUGCGCAGGCAGCUUUGAAGUAUCUCAAUCGCUACUCCUCAAUCCGCCCCAUGCCCCGCGCCCAAUCCCAAGUCUCCGCCAUCCUCGACCAGAUCCAUUCCAUCCGCUCAAACAUGUCCUCCCUCAACGAAGCCCUCAUCCAAAAUCCAACGGCUAAGUUGAAGGCUCAAAAUGCAGACCCAAACGGGAGAGGUCACGAGCAGCAGGACCCGAAGGCGAUGGCGGCAGAGGAGGAGGAGAGGAUCAGGGAUGCGCAUGCGAGGAUCGAGGAGCUUAGGGCACGCAAAGAAGCCCUAACACGCAAACGCGGCCGUAUCCCCUUCACCAAAACGAUCUCCUCUUCUCGUCCCAAACCGACCACUCCCCUGAAGCCCUCCGAUUCGAGAGAAGAAGCCUUCUGGAACACGCCAGGCGCACCGGGUCGGAUUCUACAGUUCAAGAACGAAGGCGGAAUGAACGAUACGUUACUGACGGACGAGAGGAUGGAUGCUGAGCUUGGAGAUAUUACGGGCUCGUUCGCCACUCCGGUCCCGAAGGCUAGGUCGAGAUCGAGGACGAGAAGUGGGUUAGGUGAGGAGGUGCUGGGUGAAGAUGAGGAUGGAGAUGAAGACGAUGGGAAUGCUACGGUUUCGCCGAACGAGGUGAUCAAUGGACGUGGAGGAGACGAGGAAGAAGAUGGGAAUGACGAGAAGACGGUCAUGUACAGCAAACCUCCAGCACACUCACAAGACUCAGAACCGACCUCAUCCUCACCCACCCCCUCCCACGUCUCCGAGAUCUCGAUCGACCCAGACGCACACGCCUCACCACCCUCUGCAUCGACACAAGCGGAAGGACCGCUGCUCACGGAGAGCGUGAGCACGCCUACGAAGCUCGGUGGUAGCGGGAGGUUGAAGAUCAAGAUUACGAGCGAUGUUGAGCGGAUCGUCGCAAAGAUAUGGGCCUCUGUGGGCGAUAUCAUCAUGCCAGGACAUCCGUACGACGUUACGGGCAAGGGAAUCCAUAAGCCUCCACGGGCGAAGGAAACCAUAACCCACCUCCAAUCCCUCUCCACCCAACUCCCCUCCCCACCCUCCCCCACCUCCUCCACCCUCUCCUCCCUAACCAACCCCUCAACCUCCACCAGCCCAACCUCCAUCCCCCAAAUCCUCACCGCCCACAUGCUCCUCGUCCUCCUCUCCUCCCCUCCGAACUACUCCCUCCCCUUCCCGAAGCUCAAAGAAGUUUUAGGCGCGAAGGCCGACGCGCUCAUCGCGCUCGUGGGCACGGGCGCUAUGGCGGGGAUUGGGCUGGGUAGUGCGGGGGUGAGUACGGGUGGGGUGGGGAUUGCGGGGCAGGUGGUGCAGAGGUGGGGGGUUGCGAAGAGGUUGUUGAAGGUGGAGAGGGGGGGUGGGCAGCAGGUUGUUAGGUUUAAUGUGUAG